CCCCAUAGUCUUCUGGGACCUGUCAUGUCUGCAGUCUCUGGUCAUCUCCUGUACUAUGUCCGCAGUCUCUGGUCAUCUCCUGUACUAUGUCCGCAGUCUCUGGUCAUCUCCUGUAGUAUGUUCGCAGUCUCUGGUCAUCUCCUGUACUAUGUCCGCAGUCUCUGGUCAUCUCCUGUACUAUGUCCGCAGUCUCUGGUCAUCUCCUGUAGAAUAUCCGCAGUCUCUGGUCAUCUCCUGUACUAUGUCCGCACUCUCUGGUUAUCUCCUGUACUGUGUCCGCAGUCUCUGGUCAUCUCCUGUACUGUGUCCGCAGUCUCUGGUCAUCUCCUGUACUGUGUCUGGUGUCUCUGGUCAUCUCCUGUACUAUGUCCGCAGUCUCUGGUCAUCUCC